CCAAGGGGCUCUCCUCCCAUUGAUGCCCAACAAGGCCAUCCUCUGUUACAUAUGAGGCUGGAGCCAUAGGUUUAUUUCUGUGUUCUCUUGGGAUGCUGGUUUAGUCCCUAGGAGCUCUAGUGUCUGGUUGGUUGAUACUGUUGUUCUUCUUAUGGGGUUGCAAACCCCUUCAGGUCCUUCAGUCCUUUCUCUAACUCCUCCAUUGGGAACCCCGUUCUCAGUUUAAUGGUUGGCUGCAAGCAUCCGCCUCUGUAUUUGUCAGGCUCUGGCAGAGCCUCUCAGGAGACGGCUAUAUCAGGCUCCCGUCAGCAAGCACUUCUUGGCAUCCUCAAAAGUGUCUGGGUUUAGCGUCUGUAUAUGGGAUGGAUCCCCAGGUGGGGCAGUCUCUGGAUGGUCUUUCCUUUAGUCUCUGCCCCACACGUUGUCUCCAUAUUUCCUCUUAUGAGUAUUUUUGUUCCUCCUUCUAAGAAGGUCUGAAGCAUCCACACUUUGGUCUUUCUUCUUCUUGAGCUUCAUGUGGUUUGUGAAUUCUAUCUUGGGUAUUCCAAGUUUUUGGGCUAAUAUCUGCUUAUCAGUGAGUGCAUGCUGAGUGGGUUACCUCACUCAGGAUAAUAUUUUCUAGUACAAUCAAUUUGCUAUGAAUUUCAUGAAGUCAUUGUUUUUGAUAGCUGGGUAGUACUCCAUUGUGUAGAUGUACCACACUUUCUGUAUGCAUUCCUCUGUUGAAGGACAUCUGGGUUCUUUCCAGCUUCUGGCUAUUAUAAAUAAGGGUGCUAUGAACAUAGUGGAGCAUGUGUCUUUGUUGCAUGUUGGAGCAUCUUUUGGGUAUAGGCACAGGAGAGGUAUAGCUGUGUCCUCAGGUAGUACAAUGUCCAGUUUUCAGAGGAACCUCCAGACUGAUUUCCAGAAUGGUUGUACCAGUCUGCAAUCCCACCAACAAUGGAGGAGUGUUCCUCUUUCUCCACAUCCUCGCCAGCAUUGGCUGUACCUGAGUUUUUGAUCUUAGCCAUUCUGACUGGUGUGAGGUGGAAUCUUGAAAGAUUCCCCAACAUAUAAGGACACGUGCUCCACUGUGUUCAUAGCAGCCUUAUUUAUAGUAGCCAGAAGCUGGAAAGAACCCAGAUGCCCUUCAACAGAGGAAUGGAUACAGAAAAUGUGGUUCAUUGACACAGUGGAGUACCACUCAGCUAUUAAAAACAAUGACCUCAUGAAGGUCUUAGGCAAAUGGAUGGAACUUGAAAAUAUCAUCCUGAGUGAAGUCCUAAGGUUUCUAACGCACCCCUCUGUGUCCUGUUCCGUAGACCUUCGUUUUCAGUCUGUAUCUGUACCACGUGUUCCUCAGCAGUAGUCAAUACACCAGAUGGUUCCCAUCUGCCCGCCACACUGUACAUUACCUCACAGCACUCUUCCAGCUGUAUGUCACAGACAAGAAACUAAAGGUCCAUGACACUCAGCCACCUCCCAGGAUGGCAUAGCUCUGGAGCAACUGUGGGUCCCCUUCCAGAUCGUUUCUUCUCUCCAGUCCAAAGGGCUAUACUGUGGGACUGAGGAGAUGGCUUGGUCAGGAGAGUACAUAAGAAUCACACCAAGGGUGAAUCCCCAGAACCCGUGUGUAAACUGGGCAUUGUCUCAUGUGUCUGUCUGUAACCCUGGUGUUCCUAUAGGGAAAUAAGUGGGAACAGGAGAAUCUGUGGAAACUCAUUGGCCAGCUACCCUGUGGAAGACAAGGUACCCUUUGUCAAACAGGGUGGCUAGUACACAUGUGUGUGCGAGCACACAUACACACACACGCAGAGGUACAUACACACCACACUGUUACACACACACACUACUAUGACACAUUCAUAGGCACACAUACACAUACACACACACUACUGUGACAAAUUCAUAGGCACACAUACACACGCGCACACACACACACACACACACAGAGGCGCAUACACACCACAUACCACACUGUCACACACACACCACUAUGACACACUCACAUGCACACAUAGGCACACAUACACACAUGCACACCACACACACAUAUCUGCACACAGGCACAUACACACCACACUGUUACACACACACAAGCACACACACACACCCCACUGUGGCACACUCACAUGCACACAUAGGCACACAUACACAUACAUGCACCACACACACAUCUGCCCACAGGCACAUACAUACCACACUGACAUACACACACACAUACACACAUGUACACACACACAGACACCACUGUGACAUACUCACAUGCACACAUAGGCACACACACACAGCACACUGUUACAGACACACAUCUGCACACAGGCACAUACACACCACACUGACACAUACACACACACACACACACAUAUACACACACAGACACCAUUGUGACAUACUCACAUGCACACAUAGGCACACAUACACACAGCACACUGUUGAGCACACACACACACUCACAUGGGCACACACACAGCACACUAUGACACACACAUGUACACAUAGACACACACACACACACACACACACACACACACACACACACACACACUGCUCUGAAAAACGAUGACUUCUGAUUUCUUAAACACUGUUAUGAAACUUCCGUGGAAGCUGAUGGCUGGCAGCACUGCAGCAGCUGGUUUGUGUCCCUGACACAAAUCUGGUUGCUAUGGGAUCCUUCCCAUAGGAAAAUAUUCGUCAGUUCCAGGUGCCUGGGACACCAGACAGGCUUCGUGAUGCGCAGAUGAACGCAGCAGUGGGUUAGGGAGGAAGCCGUGUUGAGGAGCCCCAGGAAGGAGGCUGAAGAGGUUCAUAUCGCGUGUGGGGCAUGGAGACUGUGAGGUUUUUACUAUUUGUUUGCUUUUCACUGCCCAAUGUGCGGUGGAGGGUGUUGUAUGGCUCUGUUUCUGUAAUACCAGGAAUUGAACACAGCACCUCAGCUUGCGAGGGAGGCAGGAGCUCCAUGACCACGCUGCACCCUUCAUCCCCAUUUCGUGCUUUGACUGCCAGUGGAAUCUCAAAACCCGAGUGGCAGAGACGUGAGUCCGGAGACAAAACCAAGGGUUGAUGGAUGCCACGCUUUGCUCCGGAGGGGAAGUAGACACCACAGUAGAGCGUGGUGGCCUGAACUGGCAUAUCCGAAGUGGCGGCAGAAUUACACAUUUUAAUCAUUAGUCACUGAGUCAUCUCCAUCGUCCAGAUUUAUUCUCGCUGAUGAUUACAUCCAGAUAAUGCCUGUUUCCAGUAAGACGGGAAGAACAAAGGAAAAUAAAUAAAACAGUUUACUUCAGUCUCAUAAAAAGUGCUUAUACAAGAAGCAAAAAAAGCAUGGGAAAAUAGGAGGGUUUUGGGUUUUUUUUUUUUUUACUUUUUCCUUGAAGUCCCAGCGACAUUGCAGCUCAUGUGAAGUGCGGAUGCGUGUGUGUGUGUGUGUGUGUGUGUGUGUGUGUGUGUGUGUGUGUGUGUACAAGGGAGGCUGUCCUACCAGACGGAUGGCAGUGGCCAUGUCUGAAAGUGACUAAUAGCAUAUAUAAUCUCCUUUCUAAAAGAGCAGUUUAUCUUUUUUUAAGUUGAAAACAAAUGCAUUUUCACUUUCUCCACAAUGAGGGACAUUUCUAGGGGAACCACAUGUCUUCUCCUUUUAAUUCUUUGCUCUUUUGACCCCAUCCAAUAUUCUCCCUGGUAAUAACAAACACCAGAGCAAUGCAGGGUUCUCUGUUAGCAAAUAUGGCCGUUUAAUAUCUUCUCCCUAUGGAAGCAAACUUUCCACUCUGUGCUAAAUACCUUAAAAUAUGAUAUAUUAAACAUGAACCUACCUUCAAACUUAAAACAAAUGGUCCCAUCAUUGCACAGUCUACAUUUACAAAAUGCAUGCUAAGAGAUCUGUUUUUUCUUUUUAAGACUCGGAAUAUUUUUGUAAAGUCAAAAGCUACCCAUGGGGAAUAGAGAUGCUCAGUGGUUAGAGCACUGGCUGCUUUUCCAGAGGACCUGGGUUCGGUUCCCAGCACCCACCAGGCAGCUCAUAGCUGGUUGUGACUCCAGUUCCUGAGUAUCGGAUGCCCUUAUAUUUCCUUCUCAGAUACUGCAUAAUGUACACAUACUACAUGUAGGCAAAACACCGAUCCACAGAAAAUGAAAUGGAUAAACCUAAAACAUAAAAAAGCAUCACCACAAUAAAGAGAAUUUAAAAGCAGAACACUUACAAAAAAAUAUUAACCGUUUCUUUGUAUUUAAACUCAUGUUUAUUUAUGAAAGUUCUACAGGUACAGGGGUUCUACAGGAAAUACCUGGUUUUAAAAGGUUAAGGUGUAUGUGGCCCAGACACCAUAAACAAAAAUGUUUUUAUUAGACAUGAGCUGUGUCCACUACUCCUUUGCUGUGGCUUUUCUGCCGUGUGGAGGCCCCUGGGCACUAGGCCCACACAGAAGGCUAAAAGAGGCUGCAUGGGUGUGUGUGUCUCUGAGGCCUCAUGUCCACCCAGAAAGAAUCCUUUCUUUCUCUUUCCACAGGUAAAUGUAAAUUAGCUCUAACAUCCUUGGGCUCUCUAGGGUCACUCUGAACUAGUACCUAAUAGAAACACACACACACACACACACACACACACACACACACACACACACACACACUCUUCAGCUUUAAAAGAACAUUUUUGCUUAAGCUACCGGGGGCAGUGGGGGUCAAAGUUGUAUAAUCCGAUUAUGGUCUGUUAUCAACACCAUUUGAAGUUCCUGCUACCUUGAUAAUCACCUUGGAGCCUUGGGGACCUAGCUGGCGAUAGCUUACCUUACUUAGGAGUAUAGUUGACUGGAUUUACCUCCUAUCCUUUUUCCUGGUCCAUACACUUCCUCUCCCCUGUCCCCAAGUCACAAGAGCUCCUUUUUGUUUUUCAGCAACUACAACAGCCGAAAAACAAGUUGAUCAGUGUGGCUCUGAGGAAGAUGGAAGGCUUGAGGUUGGGGCAGUCUAGGUUUGAAUCUUGACACCAUUGUUGGUCGUGUGCAUGCUUCCCUAUGGCUCUGAGUAUCUGACUGCUGUCUGCAAAAUGGUGUCAGUAAAGUCAACCACAGGGUAUCAUGAGAUUAAGAAGCCAUAUGAGAGGCUUUGACUAGGUAGCCAGCAGCACUCUGCUUUGAUGGUGUUUGAAUGCUCCCUGUCCUCACCUCUAUAAAAACUUUUAGGGAUAUCAGUCCAACAGGAAACCCAGUGUUCCCCUGAAGAACCUUCUGGAAAGCUUCCAAGACCUUUGGGAAAUGUCGCUUAGUGAUUCUACUUUUUCUCCUCAUUUUUGCCAACAAAUUCUCUUUUCAGCAAAGUUUGGUAAGCCCUACCUUAGAGAUGGCCUUCCUCCACUCCUUAUUCUAUGUGGUGUAGACAGACUGAAUUACCAAUUAAUGCAUAUAUGUAUAAAUAUAUAUACAUAUAGAAAUUAUAUUAGAAAGUCUUGCUGUGUUUUUAUCUGUUACUUAUAGUCUAGCUUUCUUCAGAAGGACUUGAAAGAGUCCACAGUUAGAGACCAAGACUGGAAACAAAAUACUUGUUGCAAAUAUCAACAUCCUAGCGCAAGACCUGGGUCCUGGUUUACCCUCCCUCAUCCUCAGUGUCUUCCUCCUUAUGAUGGAGGUGGCUAAAUGAGCAUUUCUCCACAGUAUGUUGGGCACCAUGCCUUACCUCUCAUAUCAGCAGUAGCCGAGUAGAUUUCUUUUAGCAGAAUCUUCCAACAGUUUACAGGAAGAAACUUGUUUAAAUGAAGAAUCACAGGAUUUGGUGAGCCUUAUAAACCCUUCUCAUAUGAUGUGUGUUAAAGAGGACAUUCCAGAAUAUGCCUUUUAGGAAAAGGGUGACAUCUCAACACAUAAGGAAUACCGAAUACUGUGUUACCAAGAGAUCUCUUUAGCUCCCAAAUAGCUUAUUCCCUGUUUAGUAAAUACUGCAGUAAAUGUUUAUAUCCAGUCAAACUAUAAAAUACCUUUGUACGCUGUAAAAUUUUUCCCUUCUCUGUGACAAGUCAAUUGUAGCGAAGCCAUGUUUGACUGUGCUGUGUGUGCCUCCCAUUGGUCAAGGGCUACAGGGACAGCGGACAGACAGACAGUAGGGGUCACAGAUGCCUGCAAGUCCACUUCAGAGGAAGCCAGCCAAGGCCUCGUGCACCAAGGCGUGUUUGUGCGGCUGAUGUGUAAACUGGUGUGGUCCAAGCUUGUUAACUUACCUAGACAUCCUAAGGUCUAUCUUAGAGUAACAGAAUGACUUUUAAAAUACGACUUCACUCAGGGUUCCCGUUUGGCAUCCCGCCUUUAUGCUCAAUUCUGUUAGAAUUGGAUCACAAAACCAGAGAGCAGGUUGAGGAUUUGGCUCAGUGGUAGAGCGCUUGCCUAGGAAGCGCAAGGCCCUGGGUUCGGUCCCCAGCUCCGAAAAAAAGAACCAAAAAAAAAAAAAAAAAAAACAGAGAGCAAUCAGACAUGUUACACUUCAUCCCCAAACUGAGAAAGAAUGCACUGGGACUGGCUCAAGGGACCAGGAGGCAGCAGCUGAGCCUGUGGUUUUGUGGAGAUGCUUAGCCUGGUAGGUCAGAGACCACACUGUGAAGUCAUGCCAACCACUGGGAUCAAGGCUUUCUGAGCAAUGCAAGAGUCAGAGAAACCUCAGCAUUCCAUGCUGUUCCCUGGCACUCAGGGGGUUUCUUCAUCUAGUUAUUGAGGUAUGGCCGCUGUCUACCCUCAGGCAGCCAGGGCACGAGUACGGGGCUUAUCUUCUCGAGUCCGAGACACUAACUGCGGCAUGAGUGUAACUGAUUAUCAGCACCCCAUCGCGUUUCAUUUUCCAAAUCACAAGAUUCCAAAUCACAAGGCUCUGAAAAGACUGUCAGAGGAGAGCCUUCCUCUUCCAGGUAAGGCUCAAGGUUGGGAAGAGGCAAGUUUUGCAGACAGUCACACGGCUGGCAAGCAGCUCCUUGGGGUCACCUCAUUAGGUCCCUCUCAACUCACCCCUGAAAUAACAACCUGUCUCACCCAAGCCCUGCACUCUGCAAGGUCUUUCCCCUUCAUCUCUGACCUUAUAAAGCAUAGAGUACGAGCAAUGAAAUCAUUUUUCAAAAGUAAACCUUAAUCAUCUUAAAGUCACUUUGCUUAUGGUCUGGCAACCUUCGGCGGUUGCACCAUUGAAGCUGUCCCCAGAAAUAAACACUUAAAAAGGUGAAAAUUGCGGAUGUAAUUUUUGGCCCAGUUUCACUUUAGGAGCUAUUUAUGAUGUUAUCAAAUACACUUUACAAAUUGUUUAUGAAUUUCCAAAGCCUUUAUUAUUAUUAUUAUUAUUAUUAUUAUUAUUAUUAUUAUUAUAUUAGAAAUUUGAAUAGUGCAAUGCAUCGGAAUGAAAUGAGGGCUUUGCUUCUGUUUUGCUUUGAUCAAACUUUCUGCGUGGUUGCGUCAUUUGUGUUGAGCACAGCAGGACCAUCCCAGUCCUGCAUCCCUCGUCGUCGCUGACCCAUUUCAGUGCUGGUGCUGAGAGCUGCAUGCUUAAAAACGUUUGUCCAUUUGUCUCUCACACUGGCUCAGUUAAUCUUUGCAAUACUUUUUACUGCAAACUGUAUCCGGGUCAUUAAAAAAAAAAAAAAAAAAGCCCCAAGCCAGUACUCACCACCCAGGGUAGAACCUUAGCCCAAGAGAAAUUCCUUAGCCUCACAUAUCACAGUAUAGCUUACACAGUAGGAAGCUUGUUUUUCUCCUAAGGAGCAUUGGGAAGCCAGAUUCUAAACUAGCGAAAGAAAGAAAGAGAGAGAGAGAGAGAGAGAGAGAGAGAGAGAGAGAAAGAAAGAAAAAGAAAGAAAGAAAGAAAGAAAGAAAGAAAGAAAGAAAGAAAAUAAAUCUAGGGUCAGGUUGCAGGCCGCCAUUUUUACAGUAGCAUGUAAGGAUGUAGACUAGGUUGGUUUGGCUAAAACCCAGGGCGCUGAGCAUAAUAGGCCAAACCAGGGUGAGUUGAGCAUCCAGCAUCCUGAACCGAGUUUUUUCAACUUGAAAAAGACCGCAGAGUUUCUGACUUUAAAAGCACCCACGCUAAACAAUGCUUAAAUAUGCAAUACCUGAUAUUGCCUUAAAUAUUUACCUAAAAUAAAUACUUAUUUUUAUCUCUCUCAUUUAUUUUUGCUCUGAGAAAUAGCCAGACUGCAGAUAACAAGCCUAUAAUUCACUCUUCAGAUCAGGCUGGCCCAGAUCAAUGUGGUUGGUAUAUGUGGCUCUCCCUUCUGGUUUUACGAGUAUCCCAAGCUACAUGCCUAUGGCAUUUAGGAAAUAGAACCUGUUUAAAUGCCAAAAGAGAAUCGGGAAUACAAGGCCUGAGAACCACAGACACUGCCUGUCCCAGUCAAUAAAAAGGAAUAAUUAAAAAGAAACACCAAAUAGUCCUGGGAGUCUUAAGCCUAGGACUUGAGUUUAUACGGAAAAUCAAUGCAAGCGUUCAGAGGCUUCUGUGGGAAUUUUAUUAAGGGGAAGCACCUCAGAGCUGUCAUGUUCGUGGACUGAUGGUCUAGGCACAAGAGCUCUCCUCAUGGGGAGACUAGGAUCAGGAAGGGCCGAGCCACCUGCCUAGGAGCCCCUCAGGGAAUUGCCCUUCAAGUCUUGAAAACCCCCAGUUGCUUUUUAAAUGCACUCGAUGAUCCUCUAAACGGCGCUAAAACAAACCUCUUAGGUCAACUGAAAGAGUUGUUUAAGGGGAAAAAUUGAAUCCCUUUCAAAAGCAGCCGUUACAUGAUCUAUCUUGGUGUGGUAACUGUUGAAAGUUGGGUGGCUUCCACGGAGACAAAAAUGAAGACAAGAGACCAAAGAGUUAAAAAAAAAAGUGCCCAGAAAUUUUCUCCAGAACUAAGUAUUCAUUUUUUAAAAUUUUUAAGUAUAUGGUCUAUAUAAGGUAUUUCAGUAUUCACACAAAUGCUGGCUUUACAUCUACAGUUUUCCAGACACACAGUGGCCAUUGGGGAUGGAGACACCAAUGAGGCAGAGUUCUCUGUGCUCAAACUGCUCAUGAUCUUUAACAUCUACAACUGUGUCUCCCUCCCACUCACCCUAGAGGUGAGACCAUCUUCACAUCUGGAUACACUAAGCGCUUGCCAACUCCACAUACAGCCUGAGGUGUCUGGCACAUCCGGGGAUCACUGGCAGGUGGAAAUCACUGGCCCAGUCGCCUCUGUGUCUCUGGUGAAUUCCCUCUCCUAGCCUAAGCACAAAAGAUUCUGGGAACCCACAGUUGGCUCUGUGUUCAUUAGCCGACAGUUGUUAAAUGGCCAUUCUGUCUCUGUCACAAUCUUCUCUAGGUGUUUAUUUAAUGUUGUUUUCACACAGGGAAGUUUAGCAGCAAGUCUGAAAGACAGGAAGUGACUCAGUGACCCUGGAGCGAGGUGUGGGGAGCGAGCUACAGGUCUGAAAGAGUAUAGUGUCCCCUGGGGGGGGGGGGGGGAAACAGGGUUGGAAUGUCAGAAAGGACAGCAACCAGUGAUGUCAGCUCCAGGAUGACUCCUCCACUUUCCCAAGACAGCUGGGAACUAAGGAAGCCUGGCUUCUCAGGAAGGUCCUGACAAAAGUUUGGUGGACUCUGGAUUUUGCUAAUAGACUCCAUCCAUCAUGCCACAGAUGAAUUUUUUAAAUCCACAAUGUGGUAAAUCUAAGAGAGAGAGAGAGACAGAGACAGAGAGAGAGAGAGAGAGAGAGAGAGAGAGAGAGAGAGACAGAGAGAGACAGAGAGAGAGACAGAGAGAGAGAGACAGAGACAGAGAGAGACAGAGAGACAGAGAGACAGAGAGAGAGAGACAGAGACAGAGAGAGAGAGACAGAGAGAGAGAGAGAGAAUGUUUUACUCUUCAUUUCAAAUAUUCUAAAUUGGCUGGCACUAUAAUCAUUUUAUGAAGUAAAUGCCAUUAUUGAUUAUACAAUUAAUCAUCUCUAGCUUAGGAUGUAAAUCGAAGUCACACUUGCCCAAGAAGAGGGGCUUUGAAACAGUCAAGAGGCCACAUGCAUUCUGGAAGCAGAGGCAGGAGGAUUGCAGGUUUGACCUGUGUAGCAAACACGAGGCCAACCCUGGCUUCACAGCAAGCCCCUGUUUCAAAAAUACCAAAGUUAAAUUUAAAAACAAGAGAAUCCAUGGACGCUUAAGGGCCUGCAUUAUACCUUCGUACCGGGGAGGAGGAGGUCCCUUAAAAACCCUGUCUUGGCUACAUUUAGUCAGCUGUGGAACGUGUGUCUUUGGUGGGCCUUGUCUAGCCAGAGCUUCAUGCAUGAUAGGCAAGGAUUUUGCCACCAAGCUACAUCCCCAGCCGCAUGGAACGUUUUCAUUGUGAGGUUAUAAUCUUCAAGGGUGUGUAAGAAGAGAUCUGGAAUUUUCCAACAGAAGAUAAUAGGCCAGUAGUAUUUCAGAAUAACUCGUGAGCUACAUCUUUAGGGAUAGCCAGUUUCAGCCCCUCCUGAAGACUGUCGAUAAUGAGGGUCAUCGGAACAACAUACUCAACCUUAUACUUCAGUCCCCUUGAGGGGUUUGCUUCGUCAGACAGCGCCUGCUUCUUCCCACUCCAAACAGAAUCUUCCUUCUUGAGGCCCUGAUGCAAAUUCUUGAUGUUUCUUUUUUAACGUGAAUGAAAACAAGAGGAGAGGAAGUGUGGAGGAUUGGAAUCUCGGCAGAGGCCCCGCGGGUCACCGGGGACCAGUGAGGUUCCUCUCUGUUCUCCGUGGUGGCCGGAAGUGGGAAAGCGGGCGAUCAUUUGCUCCCAGCUCCAAGUCUGUCUCAGCCUCCUCCACGCUGGAAGCUUCCUCUGUCUUCUCGAAAACAUUAAUUGAGCCCCUCUGGGGGUGCUUAGCACUGGGCUGACACAGAGGCUGACGGCUAUGGAGGGAACCAGAGAGUGGAAUAAACCAAAACAUCCAGGGCUGGGAAAUCGAGGCGAAGGAAGCAUGUGACUGGCUGCGAGCUGCCGGGUUCCCACAGUACGCUCAGCUGUAUGAAGAUUCGCAGUUUCCCAUCAACAUUGCGGCUGUCAAAAAAGACCAUGAUUUUCUUGAAAGGGACCUUGUAGAACCUCUUUGCAGACGACUUAAUACGUUGAACAAGUGUGCCUCAAUGAGACUUGAUGUGAACUUCCAAAGGAAAAAGGGCGACGACUCAGAUGAGGAAGACCUGUGCAUCAGCAACAAAUGGACUUUCCAGAGAACCAGCCGCAGGUGGUCCCGUGUGGAUGACCUGCAUCCGCUCCUCCCCGGGGCAGACAGAAACGGGUCCCCAGGAGGCCCUAGGAUGAGAAACACGGCCAGCAGUGAAAGCGUGCUCACAGAUCUGAGCGAGCCUGAGGUCUGCUCCAUCCACAGCGAAAGCAGCGGAGGCAGCGACGGCCGCGGCCAAUCGGGGCAUCAUUUUGCUGAUGGCACGCCUGUGCUGGAGGGCACCCUAGUCGGUGGCAGCCUCCCGCAGUCUCCCCGAGACAGUCUCAGCCAGUCUUUUCACCCCAAGAAUGAGAAACCCACCAGGACCAGGGCCAAGUCAUUUCUGAGACGCAUGGAUACCCUGAGAGUGAAGGGAGCACUCGGGAGGCAUAAGGGACCAGGGCGAACAGGAGGCCUCGUUAUCAGCAGGCCCAUGCUGCAGCAGGAGCCAGAGUCCUUUAAGACCAUGCAGCAUGUCCAGAUACCCAACGGAGAUCUGCAGACCUCACCACCAGCUGCCUGCAAGAAAGGCCUUCCAGGCUCCAGUAAAUCAAGCGGUGAGAACAGCCCCUUGGAGAGCAGCCGUGUGAGCACCCCAUGUAUGAAGGAACGCAAGUGCCAACACGAGGCCAACAAGCGCGGUGGCAUGUACCUGGAGGACCUGGAUGUGCUGGCAGGGACGACAUUACCAGACACAGGGGACCAAAACCACAUACACGGGUUUCACUCGCAAGAGAACCUGGUGGUCCAUGUUCCCAAGGAUCACAAACCAGGAACAUUCCCCAAGGCACUGUCUAUAGAAAGCCUCUCGCCCACAGACAGCAGCAAUGGGGUUAACUGGAGGACUGGGAGUAUCUCCCUGGGCAGGCAACAGGGCCCUGGCAUAAGGGAACCUAGACUCGUGUCAUCCUGCCACAGGGCCAGCAGAGUCAGUAUCUAUGACAACGUGCCCAGCUCACAUCUGUAUGCCAGCACUGGAGAUCUGUUGGACUUGGAGAAAGACGGGCUCCUUCCACAGCUGGAUGACAUUAUACAGCAUGUCAAUGGCAUACAAGAGGUAGUGGAUGACUGGUCAAGAAAUAUCUUGCCUGAACUGCAAAGUCACGAUGCAGUGGCAGGGGACCCUGGUCAACCCCCAUUUCAGUCUCCUCAUCAGAUCACUUUAGAUUUUGAAGGCAACUCUGUCUCGGAAGGUCAGACAACACCUAGUGAUGUGGAAAGGGACAGGACUUCUCUGAAUGAAUCGGACACCACUGGGGUCAGAGAAAGAAGGGAUUCUGGUGUGGGGGCCUCUCUGACCAGGCCAAACAGGCGCCUAAGGUGGAGUAGCUUCCAGCUCUCACACCAGCCUCAGCUGUCUCCGGCCACGCCCCACAUCAGCAGCCAGACGGCCGCCCAGCUGAACCUGCUCCAGCGCUUUUCUCUGCUUCGCCUCACAGCCAUCAUGGAGAAGUACUCCAUGUCCAACAAGCACGGCUGGACCUGCCUGUCUGCACAGAGCGCCCCGGGGGCCUUGCAUGACCUGGUUUCUGUGAAUUCCAGGUCCGUCCCAAAGUUCAUGAAGAGAAUCAAAGCUCCUGACUACAGAGACAAGGCUGUCUUCGGUGUCCCGCUCAUAGUCCAUGUCCAGAGAACAGGACAGCCCCUGCCUCAGAGCAUUCAACAAGCACUGAGGUAUCUACGUAGCAACUGUCUGGAUCAGGUGGGUCUUUUCCGAAAGUCGGGAGUGAAGUCUCGAAUCCAUGCCCUACGUCAGAUGAAUGAGAACUUCCCUGACAACGUGAGCUAUGAAGACCAGUCUGCCUAUGACGUGGCAGAUAUGGUAAAGCAGUUCUUCCGGGACCUCCCUGAGCCCCUUUUCACCAACAAGCUCAGUGAGACCUUCCUCCACAUCUAUCAGUACGUCCCCAAAGAACAGCGGCUGCAGGCCGUGCAGGCAGCCAUCCUCCUGCUGGCGGAUGAGAACCGGGAGGCCCUGCAGACGCUCCUGUGCUUCCUGCAUGACGUAGUGAACUUGGUGGACGAGAAUCAGAUGACGCCCAUGAAUCUGGCCGUGUGCCUGGCCCCCUCCCUCUUUCAUCUCAACUUGCUGAAAAAAGAAAGUUCCCCAAGAGUCAUCCAGAAGAAAUACGCCACUGGGAAGCCAGAUCAGAAAGACCUCAAUGAAAAUCUAGCCGCAGCUCAGGGGCUCGCCCACAUGAUCACGGAAUGCAACCGACUCUUCGAGGUUCCACACGAGAUGGUGGCCCAGUCUCGUAACUCCUACUUAGAGGCUGAGAUCCACGCGCCCAGCCUAGAAGACUUGGGAACUCAGCUGGCAGAGAAUGGGGCAACUUUUCACACGUACCUGGAGCAUCUUGUCCAAGGCCUCCAGAAAGAGGCUAAGGAGAAAUUCAAGGGGUGGGUCACGUGUUCCAGCCCUGACAACACGGACCUUGCUUUCAAAAAGGUGGGGGACGGGAACCCGCUGAAGCUGUGGAAGGCAUCCGUGGAGGUGGAGGCACCGCCCUCCGUGGUGUUGAACCGCGUGCUGAGAGAACGUCACCUGUGGGAUGAGGAUUUCGUGCAGUGGAAGGUCGUGGAAACGUUGGACAGACAGACAGAAAUAUACCAGUAUGUGCUAAACAGCAUGGUUCCACACCCCUCCAGAGACUUCGUGGUGCUCAGGACCUGGAAGACCGAUUUGCCCAAAGGAAUGUGCACCCUGGUGUCCCUGUCUGUGGAGCAUGAAGAAGCCCAGCUCAUGGGUGAUGUGCGGGCGGUGGUGAUGGACUCUCAGUACCUGAUAGAGCCCUGUGGCUCCGGCAAGUCCAGGCUGACCCACAUCUGCAGGAUAGACCUGAAAGGCCACUCCCCAGAAUGGUACAGCAAAGGCUUCGGACACCUCUGUGCCGCAGAAGUUGCCAGAAUUAGGAACUCUUUCCAGCCUCUCGUUGCUGAGGGUCCAGAAACAAAAAUCUAAGCUUUCCCCAGCGUGAACUCAAACUCAGGGAACAAGAAGAGAAAGGAAGACUCACAGUGUGGGGCGUGCACGCAUGUAAAGGAACACCGCAGAGGGAGCCGGAGGUCACGAGACCAUGGAGGCCGUUUCUAGCCUGCCCGGAGAUGAUAAACCCUACUAAUAUAAUGUCGCAGAACAUUUAUCUAUAUUGCUUAAAAUUAAAUGGGUUAUUCCUUCCGCAUUGCCUAAUUUGCUAAUUUAAAGGCUUCUAAGAAGCGUGUCUUAGCUGUAAAUAAAUGUACUGUAGCAUUUGUAUAUGUGUGUAUAUCUCCCCUUACUGUAUAUAUGUAAAAUACUGGUUUUAUAUAGAACUCUGUGUCUGACUCUGUGAGGCUUCUCACAUGGCACUUCCAAGGUUGCUGUAGACCCCGUGUCCCUCCCGUCCUCCCACUGAGCAGAGCCUGCUGACAGACACCAAACGUGGGAAAUGUGUGGUCUGUCAGUCUGCCCAUGCUCACCCAAAGAUUAGCUAACCAAAGAAAAACAGAGUUAAAAGCUUCUUCCACGGGUUGGCCUAUUUCCCAUGUUUAAGGACUACAGCAGGGUGUUGACAUAAAUUGAGGGAAAUAAUAUUAGCUUCUCUUUAACACGAAGCGGCAGGUGAGAGAUAUUUGCCAAAUCCAAGGCUAGAUUUUGCGUUGCCUCUGAGCCCACUCAGAUGCAGUUUGAGUGAGAUGUCAAGUGACUGUUGGAGUUGGCACCAGGGACUGAAAACUAGUACCACCCACCCCUACAUAGGGGUGAACAGCGGAACCUGUCCUCAGAGGCAAAGGGAGCCCCCAUAUCCUCUUGAGACACAGAUAGGUCUCGUAAUGCUGUUUAGUCAUCUGUUUGACCAGUGGCCCAUGGGGCCACAGUUAUUUAACACGUUCUUGCACUGACCUUGACUCUGGACACCAGACAAAGUGAGAGGAGGCUCUACCAAGCGUCCAGGGUCAUCAGGGCUUCAGGGAAUUCCAAGUACCCUAUAGAUGAUGCUCUUAGAACCUAAGCCAUUAAAGAAGCCUUGCAAUCUAAGAGACAGGGUUUUAGACUGACAGAAGACCAAAGCUCUAUCAUUAGUUAUUUAUAAGUUUCAGGCUGAUGUGUCAAUCCCAUGUUUCCUCACUAUCUGGCACCAGCACCCUAAUCUUAUUUAUUUUUGUACAGAAUGAGCAGGCUGGCUUUUCUCAACCAAGAGAGGAUAGAGUUGGUUUUUUGUUUUGUUUUGUUUUUUAUUGUGAUAUGACAUCUGUAGAAAGAUAACUUAUCAUGUCCGAUCUCCAGGAAAGAUUGUCUUAGGCUGUCUAGACAAAGAUUGAGAUCCUAAUUCAGCAACUGGUGUCGGAAGACAAGGAGAAAAACAGACAUGUGUUUUCCCGGUUUUUGUUGUUGUGUUACAUACACUAAUGCAGUGUUUUCUUUUAUCUGUGGUGUGUAAUCAUUUUAUUGGGAGGAAUAAAGUUGUUUUCUGUAUAUUUGGUAUGGCACAGGGAAAACCCAGGGUAGGAGUUUUUCAUUCCCGUGUCUACCUGGGACAGUGGCAGUCAGACCACAAGUUGCCUCCUGGGCAGCUCUCAGUGGACUGGACAAAUUUACUUCUUCUAUUACAUCAUGGCUGCCAUUGGAAAGCAGAGUGGGCACCCAGGACAACUAGUGUCGUUUCUCAGGGAGUUGGCAUGCACUGGGAAUCCCCUAAAGGCCUUGUUAACAGGCUCCCAUCCAGGCCUCGUGGGUGGGCCCGGCCUUCUGUAUUUCCCAUGAGCCUGAGGGAUGCAGGGUUGCUGGCCUCAAGGACACACUUUGAGAAACAUGGAUCUAAGGAAUGCUAAAACCGAAUCAGAUGACACGAUUGUAUUUCCCAGCCCCUUCCUCUUCCAACUUAGCUGACUUUCCGAUUUUAUGCACGCACUAAUCACAUCACUUCUGCUAACCACAGGGUGCAUCUUUCAAAUAAAGGAAAGGGGAGGGGGAAAUGAUGCCUCGUCGCGCUUGUCUGUCAACUACCACAGUAUUUUAUUCAUUGUUAUCUUGUUGAUGGAAAUAAAAAUAUUGCAUUUAAAUAUUAUAUUUAUACCUCAUGUAUAUCUUUACCUCGAUUGUUGGUAUCAAUCAUCAGUUGUAAAUAAAUAAUUGCCAAGGCAGAUAAAUUUAUAUACAUUAAAUAUUUCCUAUUUUCUAUAA